CUACCCGUAAAAAUGAUAGCCGAGAUUUCCAGCUCAAACACUACUUCCACUACUGUAUAUCCCUCCAACAAACUAUCUCAGGUCCUUGCUCACUGGUUCAUCCUCCAUUCCGAGGCUACUGGUGACAUGGUUGACAGGUUAGAGGCUUCUUUGUCCGAGGCACUUGAAUUACAUCCUCCAGUUACGGUCACGGUACACAUCAAUGACGAUGGUAGCGCGUAUAUUGCUAUGGACGAUGAGAACCGGUCAGGCACACCGUUCAUCUUCGAAAUGAAAGACUUUCCAUACAGUGGUGGUAUAUCUGAAGAUUUGGCUCCAAGAGCAUGUACACUUGCAUUCUCUUGCGGAACCAUUGCUGUUGUCUGCUCGUUGCACUAUUUCAUCGCUGAUUUACGUGGUCUGCUGGAUUUCGUUGAAGUAUGGGCUCAGCUUGCUCCACGAGACAACCUGCUUUCUCCCACAUCGGAGGCAGGAGGCAAAGUGGCUCUCACCAUCCGAAACGGUUUGGGCGCUCAGAACUCGGAAAAGACUAUUGCUGAUUAUAUCAGCUUCUUCGAAUAUCGGAAGGGCAUCGAUUUAAAUACCUGGAUGGUGGAUGCCAUCAGCAGCAGCUACUGUCGAUUUGAUCUCUAA